AUGCCAUUUGGAUUAACUAAUGCACCUAGCACGUUUAUGAGACUAAUGAAUCAUGUUCUUAGAGCUUAUAUAGGUCAUUUUGUUGUGGUAUACUUUGAUGACAUUUUGAUUUACAGCAAAAGCUUAGAUGAACAUGUGGAGCAUCUUAGAAAGGUUUUAGAAGUGCUUAGAAGGAAGCCUUCUCCCCUCACUGAGGUUAUCAAGAAAAACGUGGGAUUCAAAUGGGAAAAAGAACAAGAAGAAGCAUUUCAAGCCUUAAAGGAUAAGCUUACUCAUUCCCUGGAGAAGAGACCCAUUGCAUUCUUUAGUGAGAAACUUGGAGGAGCUACACUGAAUUAUCCUACAUAUGACAAAGAACUUUAUGCGCUUGUGAGAGCUCUCCAAACGUGGCAACACUAUCUCUGGCCUAAAGAAUUCGUCAUUCACACUGACCAUGAGUCUCUCAAGUAUGUUCUCUUGAACUCUUUAGAGACUAAACUACUCGGUUUUGAACAUAUUAAGAGUCUAUAUCCUACUGAUGCUGAUUUUAAAGACAUAUAUGCUUCGUGUGAGAAGUUUGGUAGUGGGAAAUACUAUAGAGCUAAUGAUUUCCUAUUCUUUGAAAAUCGUUUAUGUGUGCCUAACUCUUCUAUUCGAGAUCUUUUUGUCAAAGAAGCUCACGCAGGUGGACUAAUGGGUCACUUUGGCAUUGCCAAAGCCUUUAGCACAGUCCAAGAACACUUUUAUUGGCCACAUAUGAAGAAAGACAUCGAGAGGGCAUGUGAACGAUGUGUUACUUGCAAUCAAGCUAAGGCUAAGAAACAACCCUACGGUUUGUACAGUCCUUUGCCUAUUCCCUUGCAUCUGUGGCAUGAUAUUUCUAUGGACUUUGUAGUUGGACUGCCAAGGACCAAGACAGAGCUAGUGAAAAAGAUCCAUGAGAAAGCGCGCAUUAACAUUGAUAACAAGACUAAGUACUAUGCCAAACAUGCUAACAAGAACAUAAAGGAAAUGGUUUUUGAAGAAGGAGACAUGGUGUGGAUUUACUUAAGGAAAGACAGAUUUCCAAAUGAAAGAAAGUCUAAGCUUAUACCGCGAAUCGAUGGACCCUUCAAAAUCAUCAAGAAGAUCAAUGACAAUGCCUACCAGCUGGAUCUCCAAGUGGGAGAGGAUGAUAUGAUCAAUACCAGCUUAGGAACCGAGGAGAUUAAUGGAGAACAAGGAGAGCCUGAACCAAAAUCUGAUGAAGACCAAGAGCAGCUGAAACCCGAGGAAGCCGAGGAAGCAAGUAUAGGAGAAGAUAAAGACUUGCAUCUUCCGAUUGGGCCAAUGACAAGAUCAAGGACAACGAAGUUCAAGCAAGCUUUUCACAAGCUAUUACACACCAUUCAGAGUAAUCUUAAGUGUGCUAAUCCAACUACACUGGUUGUGAUACAAGCCACUUAA